AUUCUGUCGUUCCAACCCGCGUCAUGGUUUCUUCGCUGCAGAGUGGUAGCUCUGCUACUCUUUCCUUGCUUACCUUCCGCAAUCUAGUUCUUGCAAUCUUGGGAUACAUCAUCGCUCAUGUCGUAUACCAGGUCGUCUACUACAGAUGGUUCCACCCUUUGUCAAAAUUCCCAGGCCCGUUCUGGGGAAGCGUAACGAGAUUAUGGAUCGCUCACCACUGCCCAAUCGCUUCAACUUCUGACGUCUUCGAAGGUCCUAUCAUCAGAGUUACUCCUACACUCCUGCUGGUCAGCGAUGCCACAAAAUUGCCCGAGAUCUACCAUCGUCAUGCAGACAAGUCGAAACAUUACAUAACUGGAAGUUUUGGAAAUGUCGAGAGUCUGUUCAACAUGCAAGACUCGAAGAUGCAUGCUCGUUUCAGAAAAGUCGCUGCUGGAUCUUAUAGCUUCUCCAACAUCAAGAAGAUGGAACCUUUGAUUGAUCUACGCGUCAACGACUGGAUCAACGAACUUUCGACUCGCUUCGCAAAGACUGGUGAAAAGAUGGAUUUCGCUCCUUGGGCUGUAUACAUGGCAUACGAUGUCAUCUCUGAAGUUGGCUUCGGUGCGCCCUUUGGCUUUAUCAAAUCCGGCUCGGAUGUUGCUGGCUUGAUCAAAGGUCUCCACGAAGGCCUUGUUCCUUUCGGACUCAUGGCUCGCCUGUAUCCUUUUACCGGAUGGAUCAAGCGGACUGCUUUUGGUGACAAGUAUCUUGUUGCCAGACCCGAACAGCAAUCUGGUAUUGGCACGCUUAUGAGAUUCCGCGAUAAGUUGAUUGAGCAAAGGAGGAACGAUAUCGAAGCCGGUAAUACAAAUGGCAGAAUUGACCUACUUCAGACAGCCGAAAUCCUGCUCGUACUAUUAGCAGGCGCGGACACUACAGGCACGGCCUUCCAAGCCCUGAUGAGAGACAUCCUCACUCACCCUUCCGUCUACACAACCCUGAUGAACGAACUCGACACCGCUACUGCAGCCGGCCACCUCUCCGCUAUGCCUCAGUACCACGAAGUUGUCGAGCACUGCCCCUUCUACAUCGCCUGCAUCAGAGAAUCCUUGCGCCUUACACCUUCCGCUCCGAACAUCUUCCCUCGCGUGGUGAGCAAAGGAGGUAUGGAUCUCUUUGGCCAGCACAUCCCCGAAAACAUGGAGGUUUCCAGUAACCCCUACAUUGUGCAUCGCGACCCUGCCAUCUACGGUCCCGACGCCGACGUUUUUCGUCCGUCACGUUGGCUCGAAGAUGAAGAACAAACUCGCAUCUUCAACAAGUAUACCCUAGGCUUUGGAUAUGGUGCUAGAGGGUGUUUGGGAAAAGAAAUUGCGAAUAUGGAGUUGUACAAGGCGCCUUUGCAGUUUUUGAGGACGUUCAAGUUUGAGGCGGUGAACAAGGAGCAGCCGGCAAAGUAUUGGUAUAAAGGUGGCAUCAGCUACUUUACAGACAUGUGGAUGAGGAUUGAAGAUAGAGAUACUGUGGUAAAGCAG